AUGACGUCCACCGAAGCUCUUGACGACUCGUCCAAGAACAAACGGAAAUCCAGCGCUGCCGGAUUACAGAGUGCAGCCCGCCCAGUGAAGAGACGGGCUUCAAAGGCUUGCUGCUGCUGCCGGGCCCGGAAAGUUCGUUGUGAUGUCGUUGAAAAUGGUUCUCCUUGUACCAAUUGCCGCUUAGAUGAUGUCGAAUGUGUCGUUGCAGAGAGUAAACGAAAAAAGAAACACCACAUUGACGGACCAUCGGAACAUUCAGCGGAUUCAUCGACAGAUCAGGCAUUCAUAUUCGGCAGCAAAUCUGAUUCUAGCAAUCUGUUCCCAUCCAUCUCUGAUCCAUGGGCCUCUCUUUCUCCAGGGCGCUACCCAGAGAACGAGCACCAUGUGCCACAUCUAAUCUAUCAAACCCAAAGACAGCGUAUCCAAGAAGAUGAAAGACGACGACGGGUAUCUAACAGCACAACCACCCCGUCAUUUGUCUACAGUGUGCCCCGGAAUACCGCCACCCCGAUUGCAUCCACUGGGUUUGGACAGGCGCAGCCCCAAUCACCUCGUCCCAGCCCUAGAAACAGUCUUCCAGACUACAUCCAACCGCUUCCCUGCAAAUUUCAGACAGAUGAUAUCGAUUACCUGGAACGAAAAGGCGCUUUGACUAUUCCAGGCGACUCUCUCCGAAACGAACUACUAAAGAGCUACAUUCAAUAUGUCCAUACAUAUAUGCCAUUGCUCGAUUUGGAUGAUUUCCUCCGCGUUAUUGUGCGCAAUGAUGCCUCGAGGCGAUUGAGUCUAUUGCUUUUCCAAGCCGUCAUGUUUGCCGGCACAGCGUUCAUCGAUUUUAAGCAUCUAAAAGCUGCCGGGUUCGAGUCGCGGAAGGAUGCUCGUAAAGCAUUCUUUCAAAAAGCCAGGCUUCUUUAUGACUUUGAUUAUGAGGCCGAUCGGAUAUCUUUAGUCCAGUCGAUACUCUUAAUGACACAUUGGUACGAAAUGCCAGAUGAUCAAAAAGAUACCUGGCAUUGGAUGGGCGUUAGUUUGUCCCUUGCCCAUACCAUUGGCCUUCAUAGAGAUCCAGCAUCUUCAAACAUGGACCCAAAACGCCAGAAACUUUGGAAGAGGAUAUGGUGGAGCACCUAUACCCGAGACCGACUUAUUGCUCUUGGAAUGAGGAGACCAACUAGAAUCAAAGAUGAAGAUUGCGAUGUCCCUCUGCUGACGGUGGAUGAUUUUGAAUUCGCGCCCUUCUCCACCGAGGUUCUCCAGGUUCUUGGGGAUUGCGAACUCACGCAUAAUGUCAGAUAUCAAAAGGAUCUCGCCAUGAUGUUUAUUGAAAAGACCAAACUCUGCUUAUGUAUCAGUCACGUCCUAUCAGCACAAUACUCUGUCCUUGGCCAUAAAUUUGGCGGCACAACGGAAACGACUAUGAUGUUGGUGCCGAAGAAGGCUACCACAGAAGCUUGCGAAGUCAGGGCAUGCGAUAUUGAAUUAGAUAGCUGGAAAACAGGCCAGCCAGACGUAACAGUAUACCGUCCUUCGACCUCAUGGAGCCUCUCGCGCGGGGAGGAAGUACUCCAUCUCCAUCGUGGCCUGCUUCAAAUGAUAUAUCUUGCUACGCUGAGCGCCUUGCACCGACCGCAGGUUCUUCCCACUAACCAUUUGCCCACAGUCGAGGCAGAGCUACAAACUUUCUCCCGAUCGAAAGUUAGGCAUGCUGCUGUGGAAAUCACGAAGGUUGCUCAGGAGCUGCAUAGCCUCGAUUUAACUCGCUACCUACCGACUAGUGGUGUCACCGUUCUUCUUCCUGCUGUCAUUAUACAUUUACUUGACAUCAAAUCGAGCGAUACAAAUAUUCGGUCUUCCAGCCUUGCCAGAUUCUACCAAUGCAUGCAGAUUUUGCAGCGCUUGCGCGAAAUUUAUGCGUCCGCCGACUUUGCAACAUCAUUCCUUGAAGCCGCUAUUCGCAAAGCCGGCGUUCACAUAUCAAUUGAACCAACUGAACAAGAUAAGCAGCAAAAGUCCAAAACAGAGGCACCCUUGAAUACCCUGACGCCUCCACCAGACCCAACUCCAGAAUAUUUCAUAGACCCAGUGUUGUCUCUAAAGUCCGAUCUCGGCAACCUCGAGCAACCGGUCGAUACAAACGCUGGUAUUGUUGUUUCAACUCCACCUCAUUCAGCGAGUAGUGAGAAUGGAAGCCUUCAAAACAUAAAUAAGGAGGCAACGGUGGAUGAUAUUCUGGGGGCUAGUACUGAUCCUACGGAGCCUAGUUUGGCAGAGUUCAUGACCCUCGCACAUGAUGCAGACAUUACUCAAAAUGAUUUAGAUGCAUUGAUCAACUUCGAAGAAAAUGCCGCUACCGACCUUUUCGCCACAGAUGAUGCGGUUGAUGUUGAUCUUUCAUUUCCGGAUAUAGGGGAUGAAUUUAUGAAAGGGGAUUUUAAUGAUACCAACGAUAAAAAGUUAGAUGAUUUGAAGGCAGUGGAAAAUGCCGAUUUGGCAAUGGAUAUAGAGGGACAGACUUGGCUUAACGACCCUUAG